AUGAGUCCUACAGACUACAGAAAUGGGGCAGGGACUGGAGUUCAUUAUUACAUUCGGUAUGUUCUCACGUUCGCAUCCGUAUUUGGUGUGUUUCCUGUGAGCGGUAUUUACAAGAGGGACGUCUACAAACUGUCCUUUAGCUGGUUAUCGCCAGUCACCAUUUACUCAGUGUUGUUGUUCUGUGGAUUCGCAGCCAUAGAGAUAUUUUCACUUGACUACACCAUAAGAAAUCUAAAUCAAGAUAAUCUCACCGCCAAAGGGGGAAUAAAAAAAGCCACGUCGGGUAGCAUAUUCUACGGGAACGCUUGCUGUGCUCUGUGGAUGUUCAUUAAGUUGGCGAAAAAAUGGCCAAAGCUGAUGCAAGACUGGCGCUCCGUGGAAGUGUCUAUGAAAAGAUUUGGCGCACCUUUGCUCGGGUGGAAGUCGACCAACUUAGCCGUUGUCUUACUCACUUUGGCGUUCGCUGAACACGGUUUACACAAUUGGCUGAACACAAGACCCGGGGGAAAGGACGACAUAGCCGCUAUGUCCCUGUUGGAUCACGAUGCCAACACGAGUUUCGUCUUGAUCGACCAGUCUGUGUCGUUCAUAGGAUAUCUCGAACGGUUUUCGUUGAAAACCCACUGGUAUCUGUAUGACGAUUAUACCAGUUACAAUCCUGUAAAAGGGUUUCUGGUGAUGUGGCUAAGUCUAUCGGCGACGUUCCUCUGGAACUUUACGGAUCUAUUUAUCAUGUUGGUCAGCUCAGCUCUGGCGGCUCAGUUCAAAAAGCUAACCAACGCUAUGCUUAGUGUUAGAGGACAGAUGUUAACCAUGUCACAAUGGAGGGAAUACCGCGAAACGUACACAUCUCUUACUCAUCUAGUAAAAAAAAUUGACGAUCACAUAAAUAUUAUAGUAGCGCUGUCAAUAGGCAGCAAUAUCUACUUUAUUUGCGCUCAGCUGAUUACAGAAAUCGAUUCCAUUAAGCACAGCUACUUCAGAACGCUGUUCUACAUGUAUUCAUUCCUGUUUCUGGUAUUUCGAACAACUGCAGUCGUCAUGCAAGCGUCUGCUAUAAACGACGAGAGUAAAAAAAUUGUUCCGGAAAUAUUCAUGUGCCCAACACACAGUUACAGUAUAGAAACCCAGCGGUUUCUACAAGAGGUGACUUCAGACUAUGUAGCUCUAACCGGGCUAAAAAUGUUUUCAAUCACAAGGAAUUUUCUUUUAGGUGUUGCAGGAGCAAUUUUAACCUAUGAAAUUGUGCUUAUACAACUUCAAAAUACAAAAUAACGUAUAAGUAGUACAUAAUUUGUUGUACACAAAACAUACUUUUUUAUAUACUUUUAUAUCUGUAAAUGUGAAACUAUA